GACCUGCCAGUGACCCUUACGUCUCACCAGUGGGCUUUAAUGGAGAAAAUCAUCAUUGUUCUGGCACCAUUUAAAGAAUGGACCAGACAGAAUAGCUCUUCCACCUCUUCUGCAGCUGAAGUCAUUCCCUCAGUCACAGUGCUGACGCCUGCUUGCUCGGGAGAACGAGGGGGACAUGGGUAUAAAAACCAUGAGAACAACCCUUCUUGAGGCUGUCCAGAAAAGAUUCAAGAAUAUCGAGAAUGAGCCCUCGUAUGCAGUUGCCACUCUUUUAGACCCACGAUUCAAAGACAGAUACUUCACAGGAGCAGACAGCAACAAGCAUGCCAAGGAUGCUCUGACCCAAGAAGUGGAGAAGAUGGAGGCAGCGUUACUGAGCAGGACGACACCUGAGGGAGCAGAGACAGUGCCAGAAAACCCCCAUAAAGCCCCACGUCUGGAAGCACAGCCAGACAGCAGAAAGAGCAGCUUGAAAGGCCUGUUUGAGGAAAUCCUGCAGGAGCAUGAUGAGGAACAUGGGGCAAGUAGCACUAGCACACAAGUUCAAAAUCAAAUACAGACAUAUUUGACAGAACAAACGGUCCCACGCUCAGACAGCCCAUUCCAGUACUGGGAAGUCAACCAAAUUAGUUUUCCCACCCUGGCUGCCACUGCUGCAAAGUUUCUCUUUGCUCCUUGUACCAGUGUUGACAGUGAGAGACUGUUCAGUGUAGCAUCCAACAUUAUUGAUGCAAGAAGGAACAGGCUAGGAGGAGAGAGGGCAGAAAUGCUCAUCUUCUUGAAGAAGAAUCUGCCUUUGCUCUUGAAAUUAUGAGCAAUACUAAAUUGCUUAAAUGAUACUGCAAUGUGUAGCCUACUUGAUGUAAAGUAUUUUUUGUUUAAUAUGUAGCUGCUACUCUUUUGAUUUGUAUUUUUGUUUAGGUUUACUUUAUAGGUUGGUUUUGCACUAUUGUUAAAUACUGCACUAUUUGAAGGUUUGAAUGCCUUUUUAUUACAUAAUGGCUGCACUUU